CCUAAUCGCAAUGGAUACAACAGAAGACAACAACAACAACAGCCGAAAUACUGUGAGGACAGAUCUCAGUUUGCUGCUCGAGUGUCUGAAGUUUCAGAUGAAAUGUCCUGAUCUGCAGAAACAAGCUCUUCUUACUAUUCACUCAAUCUGUGAAAACAAAGAGGAUAAUGUUGACAUUCUGAGAAAAAUGGGAGGCGUGGCUUUCGUGUAUAACCUCUCCAAAUCCAGGAUUGUCCAUUCAGAUGUGAAGGAGACUGCGCUUUUUACUCUCUGCACCCUGGCAGAGGCCAAUGUGUAUUGCAAGAAUUCCCUGAGCAGAAAGGAGACAUUUACAGACCUGGGUGGUUUGUUGAUGAGCGAAGAUGUCCCGCUGACACAGAAGAGAGUGUCCGUCUAUUUGCUUUCUGUGUUGGUAGCCAACAACAAAUCAGGACAGACCUUAGCUCAGACCACUGGCUGUUUGGAUAUUCUUCUGGAGCUUUUCAGGAUCAAUUUCCCCUCCUCCAAAGAGGCCACUUUGAGACCAGUCAACGCUACUCAAACCUAUCAACUUUGGGCGUCUGUGUGUAGUGCUCUCUGUGGAUGUGUGAACAACCCCCAGAAUGAGGAGGGUCAGCGUAUUUGUGUGGCAGUCUUUCCCAUCAUAAAAACGUGGCUUCAGCAAAUUGCUUUGUCGAGAAUCGAGAUCUUCCAGUCCAUUUGUUCCUUCAUAGCGAUGACAGUUGCCAACAACUCCGGUGUUCAGGAGAGUUUUUCUGCUUCAGGGGGUCUGGACAGUCUCACUCUCGCACUGGUUCAUCUGGCUUCUGCAGCAGAUACGAGCUUGUUGUCUUGUCAGCUAUCCGUCAAUUUAUCCAAGACCUUGUCAGCAUGCAUCACAGAUAGCUCGUCUCUAGCCUCGGGCCUGGCUCAGUACGGCGUGGUUUCCCAACUCUUUCUCCUGCUCGCUAGCCCGCACCUGGACCCAGAGGAAAGGCUUUCUGUGUUACUCACUCUGGUCCAUUGCACUGCAUCCUCUGAGGAGCACCAGUCCCAGUUGGUGCAGUGCGGAGGCCUGCCCCUUAUCAUAACCUUACUCACAGAGGAUACAAGUGAGGAGGUGAGGAAGGCUGCUAUGUUCAUACUGCAGACCUGCAAACAUUCCACCAUGUCCCUGGAAGUUCCUGGAUUGACAGCGAGACAGGGCGGAGGUGAAGAUGUGGAACCCAUCGCAAACAUGGAAGGCUUCAGGAACUCAGCGAGAGAGCUGCUGCAUAGGAUCAACCUACUAGAGAUGGAGCAGGAAAAGGCUGAGCUGGAGCAGGAAGACACAGAGCCAUCAGCAUUAAUCAGAGGGCUGGACCAACAAUCUGCCUUACCUCUGCCUCUGCAGCGGAAGGAUAGCAUAAAAGCUUUUAGACAGAACAGCACUCCUAAGCACUUAACAGCGAAAGAUGGCGACAAUACUGAACUUCACACUGCCAGAAAUGUGAUCAAGAGUGACAGCGAACAGAGGGACAUGUGCUCUGAUUCAAGCAUGCUGGUUAGGACGACUAAAACCAGUGGGGAUGAUGUGUGGUGUCCAGUAUGCAAGGGCUCUGGAGCCCUGGUGACUUCCCAUCUGCAGCCACUAGAGGGAGACAGAGCUCCACAAACAGCAGACGGAAAUCUGUUUAAGCUCCCAGCAGCGGUGAAGCACAGUGUGCCAAAAGAAACGAUGAAAGAUAAAAACCACAAAGAAGAGCUGCAGGACCGUGAGAUGAGUAAUAAAGGGGAAAUCCAAACGGAGGAACGUUCCCUCUCUCAGAUCCGGUGUGCAGGUUGCGUGUUGCCUUUCGGGGAGCUGACCAGUCGCACUUUUUCAUCGCUCCAAAGUACCUGCCGACACAGCUGCGACAUGCACAAGGUCCUCCAGGAGGCGUCGGAGAGGUACAGGACUGCUCACUGCCACCUUCUGUUCAGCAGAGAGUACCAAGACAACACAGCGGAGCAGGCCGAGCCGGACUUUGACAGUGUUUCAUCAGCAGAGCCACCGAGAAACUGGAGCGAGGUUUUCCUGACUCCCAGGCGUAAAGCAGCAGGGAGAGGAAAGAGCUUCCUGCCAGACCACAACUGGAGGAAGCACAGUGGCGUCGCUCUGACACCGCUGUCGAGAGGAGCAGCAAAGGGGAUCACGACCUCUCACAACAAGACCGCAUUGAUUUCACCACUCCUCCCAUCAGGUCCAGGCUUGACUCCCCUGAAGAGAUCUCAUCUUCCUAAAGAGAGAAGAGACGGAAAUAAGAGCGGACCUCCUGCUCUUGAUGAUGAGAUGAAGACCUACACCGAUGACAACGCCUCUAAAAGUGCGAAGAAAGACUUUAGCCGCGAGGAGGUGCACUACCUGUUGUGUGGAGUGCAGAAAUUGGGAUUCUCUUGGAACUCCAUCCUGUGGUCGUACCCCUUCCAGCAUGGACGCACAAAUGUUGACCUGGCUAAGAAAUACAAGCGUCUUAAGAAAGCUGGAGCAGCAGAGGUCUGAUGUGCAUCCCCCCUGGCUCUGAGGCAGCUCCUUUACAAUGACUCUAAUGGCUCUUCAAAAUAGUUUUGAUUCAUAUGAAGCAUCUUUAUGCUAUUCAGUUAUCGCUCAUUUUAUCGUAAAAGAACCUGAACUUAAUAAUAAAAGAAUAAAUUGCGGUUGUAUUCUUAGUAUUUUAUCUUAAAAAAUGU